GACAGUUUCGUCCCUCGAAGGCGGGAGAGCUACUUGGUCUACCGUAUUCGGCUAGCGCGGGUAAUUGCCAAGCACACCUCUUUUCCUCAACUUCGGCUCCUCACUGUGUCACUUUGCGGUUGAUUGCGGACUAAGGGACCAAGUUACAGCCCUUCACAUCUUGUUUCUCUUUAUUUCCGUCUUUCAGUGAUAUUUACUACCGGACAAUUCCCACAAUGUCCGCCCGCAACCCCACCGGUUUCGACCUCGCCCAGUUCAAGGCCGCGGCCUCCCCAUCUUCCGUCUGGGCCAAGCGGGAUCCAUGGGCUCGCAAUGAGGCCUGGCGCUACACCGGCCCCUUCAGCAGAGCCGCCCGCUUCAAGGGUCUCUUCCCCGGCUUCGGUAUCGCGACUGUCGCUUUCGCUGCCUACUGCACAUACGAGCACUUCUUCAUGAAGGAUGAUCACCACCACAGUGAUGCCCACCACGGUGAGGGUCACCACUAAAAGGUUGUCUCUGGAGACCAAUUGAGAAUGCCACCGACCGACGGAUCAUCGAGCGGAGGACGUAUACCCCAGGCGACAAGAGAGAGUCGUC